CGCUCGCGGGGGGUGCAAGGGCGCCUCCUGGCGGUGCUCCUUCCUGCCUUCCCACUCCUUCUCCUCCCGGAGGGGGGAAAUGGCUUUUGUCUUCCCCGAGGGCUGCCUGGGCGCCUCCCUGCCGGGCUUGGCUCUGGACGUGGUGGAACCUCCAAUUCUGUCUGUCUUUGCCUGGAGACAGGCAUUGGCAGAAGAAGGCAGAUUUCACCAUUCAGCCUUCGUGGAGGCUUCCUUGGAGCACAGAUCAACAAUGGGAGAAGAAGACUCAGCUGCUCGCAGAGCAGGAAAAGGCCCCCUUAUCAGUGGGGAAUUCUGGGAAAGAACACUGCCUAAAAACAUGGAUGAGGAGGAGACCCUCAGCUCGGACGUACAACGCCGGCGCUUCAGGCAGUUCUGCUACCAGGAGGCCGAGGGACCCCGAGAGGUUUGCAGCCGACUCCACGAUUUCUGCUGUCGUUGGCUAAAGCCAGGGCAGUAUACCAAGACUCAGAUCCUGGACCUGGUGAUCUUGGAGCAGUUCCUGGCUGUCCUCCCCCCGGAGAUGGAGAACUGGGUCAGGGAAUGUGGAGUGGAGACCAGUUCCCAGGCAGUGGCCCUGGCUGAAGGUUUCCUUCUGAGUCAAGCGGAGGAGAAGAAACAGUUAGAGCAACAGGUCAAAGUUCUUCUUGGUCAAGCAGUUCCUGAUUUCUUUGAGGCGGAGAGGAUUCUGUUGGGCACCGGGCAGAGAUCACUGGGCACUGGAGCGAUACCAGAAAUGCUUCCUCGGUCAACUCUUCUGUGUCCUGGAGGAGAAGCAGCAGACACAGGAGCUGAGCCGGGUCCAGUGUCAUUUGAGGAGGUGGCUGUGUUUUUCACAGAGGAGGAGUUGCCUCUGCUGGAUCCUGACCAGAAAGCUCUACACAGGGAAGUUAUGGAGGAGAAUUAUGGGAUGGUGGCCUCUUUUGGCGGCGAAUGGGAAACUCAGCAUAAUCGUGACCGACUCCCAAAGGUGUCAUCGGAAAGAGACAGAUGCAAGAAGAGCAAAACGCACGCCGGACAGCUGCCGUAUAAAUGCUUGGAGUGCGGAAAGAGCUUCAGACUGAGUGCAAGUCUCACAAACCAUCAGAGAAGCCACAAUGGGGAGAAACCAUACAAAUGUUUGGAAUGCGGAAAGAGCUUCAGUCUGAACAGAGACCUUGCUUAUCACCAGAUCAUUCACACGGGGGAGAAGCCGUUCCAGUGCACGGAGUGCGGAAAGACUUUUACUCGAAGCACAAACCUCCGCGGUCAUCAGAGAAUCCACACAGGCGAGAAACCCUACCAGUGCUUGGUGUGUGGAAAGAGCUUCAGCCAGAAGAAAUAUCUCACGUCUCAUCAUCGGAUUCACACGGGGGAGAAACCCUAUAAAUGUUUGGACUGUGGAAAGUGCUUCAUUCUGAACAAAGACCUCACUUGCCAUCAAAGAAUCCACACGGGGGAGAAGCCGUAUCAGUGUUUGGAAUGCGGGAAGAACUUUCGCUUGAACAAAGACCUUGCUUGUCAUCAGAGAAUUCACACCGGGGAGAAACCGUACCAAUGCUUGGAAUGUGGAAAGAGCUUCAAUAGGAGCACAAACUUCCGCUGUCAUCAGAGAAUCCACACUGGGGAGAAACCGUAUCAGUGCUUGGAGUGUGGAAAGAGCUUCACUCGGAAAGUACAUCUCACUUGUCACACACAAAAAUCUCACUCGGGGGAAAUCGUGCAAGAGCUUGGAGAUGAGCUGUUCCAGGAUUCCUUUGAAAUCCUUACCGUGGACAUAUGAAAAGGAAUUCGAGAGAGAUAAAUUUCACUCUGAAGUCAAACUCGAGUAUAAUACAGUUAAACCUUGGAUCCUGAACGCCUCUGUUUCUGAACAUUUCGGCUCCCGAAUGACAAAAACUCAGAACUAAAUGCUUCAGUUUUGGAACGUUUUUCAGAAGCUGAAUGUCUAACGCAGCCUGCAACCAAUCAGAAGCCGCGCCUUGGUUGUCAGAACAUUUCAGAAGCCGAAUGGGCUUCUGGAACGGAUUGUGUUUGACUGAAGCUGUUUUGCAGCCAUGGCAGAGAUCUGUAAAUAUGUUGUCUUAUUAAAGUUCUCAAGCAAUCUUUGUUUCCAGUUAGUUGGUGACAAAACACGGUGGUCCAGAAGUGAGCUUGCAAUUUUUGCUGACAUAUCAGAGAAUUAAAUCAAUAGCUGAAUUGGUGGGUAAAUUUUAAGCAGAUUUAUUUUUCCCUAGGAAGCUACUUUAUACCAAGUUAGAGCAUUGAUCCAUCUAGCUCAAUAUUGUCUUCGUUGACUGGUAGUGACGUUAUAGGCAGGAAAUGUCUUCCAGAGAUGCCCUUCUGUGUGAGACGUGUCUUUAGUCUCCUCAUUGGAAAUAUACAUAUUUAUACUGGCAAUGGUCCAAACAUCUCUCUGUUAAUCUCAAAGAGUUGCAUUCAGCUAAGUCCUACUCAGAGUAAACCCUCCGAAAUUAAUGAACACAAUCGUAUCCACUAACUCCAAUGGGUCUACUCUUGAGCAGGACUAACGUUGCACACCGCCCAAAGUAAGUGUUUACAAUGUUUUGUAUUGCUGGUACCUCACACCGCAGAAGUCACAAUAUUCUCACCAUUUCUUGAAAAUGAUGCAAACGCCAUUCGUACAUGAUGGAAAAAUAAAAUCGCCUAUUCCUGUGGGGACGUUAUAGCUCAGAUGAACAAAAAUACUGACAGUUCCGUAUCUGCAAUACAGUCGUACCUUGGUUUUCAAACAGCUUAGUUCUCGAACGUUUUGG